AGGAUAAGCAGCAGUCGUGCAGUAUAUGAGGUUAACUUACAUGGAGCCAAUGGCACAGUGCCUGAGCCGAUUUGCGCGGAUAACAUGAGAGUGAGGCAACGAGAACAAACGUCGUCCACUCCGGGAAAAUUAUUGGUAAGAUAUUUGAAAGAGUAAGAGGCAACAGUGUAUUUGAUUUAAUAUGAACUUGAAGUAUAAAAGAGUGGUGCAAAACUCAGUAGAACAGGGUUUUCAAGAAAGUGCCAUUUUCGUUCAAAUGUAGCCUAACUGAAAGCAACUUGAGGCCUUCUUGGAGAAGAAGCGAGAAACUUGGCAGCGGUUUUAAGGCCUCCAGACUGUGAUCCUGUUGAAAGAAAAAUUCCUCCUAUUUCUGCAUCAUUCAGCAACGUCUAUUCAAAACUUGUUCGUAACACACAUGUAAUCUGUAUAUCGCCAAUUCUCACAUCUCGUUUACGGUUUUCAGUUCAGAAAGACACUCAGUUCAAAAGGCGGAAUCGUGUAGUCGUUUAAAGUCUGUAAGACUUAAGGCCCCGUCAAUCAUACCCAGUCAGUGGCGUUCUCCCUGCAGCCAGUCAAAAGAGCGCCUUCCUUGAAUCUGCUUCAUUUGAACCUGGUCAACUUUUCAGAAAGUCCUCUUAAAUGCGAGGUAUCAUUAGCUUAGAUAACUCUCAACAAUAGUACACCGAUUCAGAAAGUCUUUUUCAAUGUAAGGUAUCAUUAGUUUAGAUAAGUCUCUACAAUAAUAAACAGAUUCAUAAAGUCUUCUUAAUAGGAGGUAUCAUUAGUUUAGAGAGCUCUCUACAACAGUACACCAAUUCGUAACGCACAGGAACUUAUAAUGUAUACUUUAAUUUCAGAAUCCAAGCAAAGAGGGAGAAACGAAGUUCAAAUUUACCAAGUUUCCGGUGCGCAAACUAGAA